AUGUCAAAAAAUCCCAAGCUUGCCUAUGAGCGACAGGAGCCAGCAUUCCUCCAGAAGCUCCGAGGGCAAUAUGGCGAUCAAUCUGGCCGUCUAGAGCGACCAGUUGAACGACCGCGCAGACCCAAAGCCAAAGAUGAUGAUGAUGACGAGCCUGUCUACGUUGACGAAGAGAGCAAUGAAGUCAUUUCCAAGGAAGAAUACAAGGCACUAGUGCAAGGAGAGCCUCCAAACGAGGAUGAAGAUACUUCGACAAUAGGGAAAUCUGCGGACAGUGAUAAGACAUACCCUUCAGCCAAAGCUCAUACCAAGACACAAAGCAACCUCACUGAAGUGGGUGGACAGAAAAAACGAAAGCAAGUCAAGGUCGUUGGCGACGACGCGAGGGAGAAAGCAGAGACAGAUACGGCUGUAGAAGACGCAAAGCCUAAGCAAUCCGCCUCUCGAAAGCCUAAAAAGGCUAAAAAGAUCAAGCUCUCCUUCGACGAAGAGUAG